CGCUCGCCCUGCUCUUCCACCAGGCUCUCCUCCUCUGUCUCUCUCCGUUUCUUAAUGUUUCAUCCGUACGUGCUUUUCUGUCUCUCUCCCCAUCCCUAAUCUCCUUCCCCAUCCCCCUCCCCCCAAAAGGAGGAAAAGCAAUUCACCCUCCUUCUUGCGCGCAUGGCGGGAUUUCAAGGAGAAAUAUAAUUGAAAAUACUUCUUCAGCUAAUCUUGGGACAAGCAAAUUCUCGUUUGAAUGGUGGAUUAACAAGUAGUAAUUUUAUCAUUCUAAGGCUAAGAGGAAAUUUUAAGAGUUGGAGAGAACUGGAUUUUCACCCUAGUCCAGCAGCUUUGCUGCUCACUUAAACACAGAUGAAUGAAGACCCCAUUCGGAAAGACACCAGGUCAGCGAUCCAGAGCUGAUGCAGGGCAUGCAGGAGUGUCUGCCAGCAUGAUGAAGAAGAGAACUUCUCACAAAAAGCAUCGAAACAACGUAGGACCUAGCAAACCCAUUUCUCAGCCCCGAAGAAAUAUUGUAGGGUGCAGAAUACAGCAUGGAUGGAAAGAAGGGAGUGGACCUGUAACACAAUGGAAGGGGACAGUUCUUGAUCAGGUUCCUGUAAAUCCUUCUCUCUACCUUAUUAAGUAUGAUGGAUUUGAUUGCGUCUAUGGACUAGAACUGCACAAAGAUGAAAGAGUGUCAGCGCUUGAAGUCCUUCCAGACAGAGUUGCUUCAUCUCGAAUCAGUGAUGCCCACCUGGCAGACACAAUGAUUGGCAAAGCUGUGGAACAUAUGUUUGAAACAGAAGAUGGCUCAAAAGAUGAGUGGAGGGGGAUGGUCUUGGCUCGAGCUCCUAUAAUGAACACGUGGUUUUAUAUUACUUAUGAGAAGGAUCCUGUCUUGUACAUGUAUCAGCUCUUAGAUGACUAUAAAGAAGGUGACCUCCGCAUUAUGCCUGAUUCCAAUGAUUCACCUCCAGCAGAACGGGAACCAGGUGAAGUUGUGGACAGCCUGGUAGGCAAACAAGUUGAAUAUGCCAAAGAAGAUGGCUCUAAAAGGACUGGCAUGGUCAUUCAUCAAGUUGAAGCAAAACCUUCUGUCUAUUUCAUCAAGUUUGAUGAUGAUUUCCAUAUUUAUGUCUAUGAUUUGGUGAAAACAUCUUAGACAUCAUCGUGAACUUUUGCCAAACUUGUGGAACUAUUAAAUGUAAAAUUUGUAGACACAAAGACUUGACUGCUUUCCAGUUUAAUGAAAGCUUAAAUGUCCCUGCGAACCCACAAUCUCUGCCAACAAAACUGUUUUGUUCUGAAUAAUACAAACAAAUUUGUGUGAACAUGACACAUUUUGUGUAAGGGAACUCCUUUUCUUGAAGGAAGUCACUAUAUUUUUGGGGAGAGGGAGUUAAAGUAAACAGCUGCAAAUUCAAGCUGUGUAAAGUUGAUCUAGUAUUGUAAUCAUUAAUCUAAAAAAAAUUUCAUAGCCUUUAACUUUUUCUUCAACCUCGCACUCACCUGUUCAACUGCCACAUGCAAGUGUAGUUUGAUAUUUUCAAUAUUGCCUUCUUAUGUAACAUUAAAUUUAAUUU